UAGCAUCUUUGGUUGUAUGGUCCAUCAUUCAUAAGUCGUAAUGUUUAAUUGGUAGUACGUGCGAUUUGAUUAGAGGGUGAUAUCAGGUGUUUACUGCGUGUUUGUACUGGUUCAACAGCACGCGUACUUACUCCCCACUGCUAAUGUGACUGAAAUAUGAGUGUUUGGAUAAAAUGAUUGAGCCUUCCGAAUUACAUGUUGCCCCUGGCACCGCUACGCUUAUUGAAGAACUUGACAAAAAGCUGAUGGUGCUCCUGCGAGAUGGAAGGACCUUGAUUGGAUACCUGCGCUGUGUCGACCAGUUUGCGAAUCUCGUCCUGCAUCACACUAUUGAGAGGAUACAUGUUGGCAAGGACUAUGGUGAUAUUCAACGUGGUGUUAUCAUUGUUCGUGGUGAAAAUGUAAUCCUGCUUGGAGAAAUAGACCCAGCUAAAGAAAAUGACCUGCCACUGAAUAAAGUAUCUGUAGAUGACAUCCUUGACUCACAGCGUCGUGAACAAGAGGCACGUCAGGAGCGAGAGAGGCUGCUGGCAAAAGCACUGAAAGAGCGUGGCUUGCAGUAUAUUCCAGACCUCAGCCAUGAUGACAUGUUCUGAGGCCCAGCUGGGGAAGCAUCAGUGAAUGAGCUGGUUUAACAUUGAAAAUGUACACAUUUUGUACAGUAAGAAAAACCGAAGCAUUUAUGACUGCUGAAGACAUGGACAGAAAUGGAUGGAUGAACUUUGUCCAGGUCAUUAACUGGAAAUAAAUAGUUCCACAAUUUUCUUUGUCCAGAGCUGAUUAUUUUUGUGCAAGUAAUUUUUUUCUUUUUAAGGUUUCUACAUAGUUAUGUUAAGAAUGACCUUAUUUUCUUUCAUUCAUUUGAUACUGUGAUAAAGAGAAUGCAAGCUGUGCAAAAUUAAGAAAAUUUUUGUAAAAUAAACAUGAUGAGUCUCAUA